AUGUCCAGACCAUCAUCGUCGAGAGACAGUCUGCACCUUGAGCCUCCUAGGAAGAGUGUCGAGUUAGAGGAUCCCGGCGCUCAUGAGUUAUCGUCAGAAGGCGAAGAUGAACACUUCUCGGAUGCCUCAGAAGGCCAGAAAAGACCCUCUCGGCCAGUAACUCCUGCAUCCCCGAUUCCGAAGACACGCAUUGAAAAGGUCGACGAUGAGCCACGAUAUGGAGAAGUCCCCGGCACGCCUGCAUACGAGAAACGGGUCCUUGAUGCUGUACCUGACGAGGUCGAGAUUGUCCAAGAAGGUCGCCUCAGUAAACGCUCUUCUCAACUGCUGGAACCACCCACCACUCCUGGUGGUACUCUCAUACCUCGGACUGUGGUUGAGCUUCUAGACCCAGAGUCUCCCAGUUACGGCGAAGUUCCAAAGACUUCGGCCUACAUUCAGAGGCAGAUGGAUGCAGUUCCCGACGUCAUUUUGAAGAAUCCCGAGCCUGGGAGGCUACACCAUUACACCGAUGAGGAGGGAGGAGGAGGAGAAGGAUCUUCCUCUUCUCCCAAUGUUCCGGUGCCGGCAACUAUCGUUACCCGAGUUGAUAGUUUUCCUGCCCAUGGCGAAGUUCCAGGCACAGAAGCCCAUAAAAAAAGAACGCUUGAUGCUUCUCCAGAUAUCACCGAGAAGAAGGGCAACGGAGCAGGGUCACCCAUCCUCAACAGAUCUUUGAACGCCACAAGACGGAGGUCCACUUUACACGACGACGACGACGAUGACGACAAUGAUGGCAACGACCGUAAUGACAACGACUUCGGAGACGAUUUCGAUGAUUUUGAAGAAGGCGCACAAGCUGGGGCAGAGGAUGACUUUGGGGACUUUGACGAUGGCUUUGAAGAACCUGAAACUAUCGAGUCGCCACCUCUUGUAUCUACUUCACAAUCAAGUUCUAUACCAGCCACUGCAUUCCCCCUGGUUGAGUCUGUUGCGCUUUCAUCAAUACCAGAUUUCCUCGCUGCGGCACAAAUGCACUUAGAUGCCAUGUUCCCUGCCACUACGACUGACUACUCCUCUCGAAUUCCACCACAACAACCGAUCUCGGAUUCCUCACCUAUCUUCCCCUCGGAGCGCUCACGUUCACUCUGGAAGCAACUGAUCACACCACCCCCUCUCCAACCACCCAAUUGGACGCAAUCACGAAUCCGGCGACUGUUCCUGGUCAGUCUUGGGGUACCAGUUGACCUGGAUGAAAUUCUACCGCCAAGCAAGCAGAAGAAGCUUGUUUUACCAGACAUCAAUUUAGAACCCUCGUCACGCAGAUCGGAAGGGGAUAAGACAACAGGAUCUCUAGCACGUCUCAAGGCGCAAGCUGGGGCAAAUGACUCUUCUGCCUCGAUCGACAGCUCACAAUCAGGUGCCGCCAAAGAAGGCCAAAGAGUACCUCGCUCAAGGAAACCAAAAGGACCUCCUCCGCCGCCUGAGCUAGACCUAGCAGCUGUUCGACGCCUCUGCGCCACCACCGAAGAAAAGCUUGAAGGCUUAACUGACGAAGAGUUACAGAGCCACGUGGAGGAAUUAAACGAGCUGACAGCAAGGACAAGUGAAGUCUUGGAGUACUGGUUAAAACGAAGGGAUGGUUUGGUAAAGGAAAAGGAAGCAUUUGAAGGUGUCAUCGAGAAUCUGGUCAGGCAUGCCAGGAGGGUGAGGAAAUAA